UUCUUAUCAGCGCACACUUCUGAGCAAACUAUUCGCUGAAUUCGCUUGUAGUUCCGCCCCUUCCGACUGUGGAUUUCAGAGCACAAGAGCACCUCCCGGUUUCAGAGUUUAUAGAAAUCCACUUCGGAAAGUGGAGUGUAGAUUUUUGCUGUCCAGGAGAUAUUCAGCAAAGUUCUCCAAUCAUGCCUGUUAAGGUUGUUAUGCAAGGUCCAGGGCCUUGGGGAUUCCGUUUGGUUGGUGGGAAGGAUUUUGAACAGCCACUGACCAUCUCACGUGUUACUCCAGGCAGCAAGGCAGCCCAGGCCAACAUGUGCAUUGGAGACCAGAUCCUGGCAAUAGAUGGGGAGGCCACGGAUGGCAUGACCCACCUGGAAGCCCAGAACAAGAUCAAAGCCUGUGGGGACGAGAUGGUGCUCUCUAUCGACAGGUCUGAGUCCAAAAUGUGGUCGCCACUAUCGUCGGAGGAGGGUAAGACCAACCCUUACAAGAUGAACCUGGCGUCAGAACCGCAGGAGGUGAAGCCCAUAGGCGCGGCCCACAACCGUAGUGCCAUGCCCUUCUCCCCGGCAGGCUCCAAGGUGGUCACCAACCAGUACAACAACCCCUCCGGCCUCUACUCCUCCGAAAACAUCCAGAGCUUCAACAGUGCCGUGGAUGACGUCAAGACUGUGGCGGCCGCCAACGAAUCUGGCAACGCGCCAGAUCCGUCCAAGGCGGGUGGGAAGGCUGGGAUCGCUGCUGAUUCGGAGGUGUACAAGAUGCUGCAGGAAAACCAGGACUCCAACGAGCCGCCCAGACAGUCCACCUCCUUCAUGGUGCUGCAGGAGAUCCUUGAAACAGGAGACGGAGACAAGCCCUCGGGCUUCAGAAGUGUGAAAGCGCCCACCAACAAGAUCGGGGCCUCCGUGGGGAAGGGUGCUGACACGCUGCCCGUCUGUGACAAAUGUGGCUCAGGGAUUGUGGGUAUGGUGGUAAAGCUGCGAGACAAGUUCCGCCACCCGGAGUGCUACACAUGCACAGACUGCGACGUCAACCUGAAGCAGAAGGGCCACUUCUUCGUGGAGGACAAGAUCUACUGCGAGAAGCACGCGCGCGAACGCGUCACGCCGCCCGAGGGCUACGACGUCGUCACCGUCUUCCCCAAGUAGACUGUUGCUGCUACUGCUGCUGCCGCCAAUGAUGACGAUGACACCACUCACGGAUUACCUUAACUGGAUGCGAUAAGACAGACUGCUGGAUAUCUUACAACAAAAAAAAUGCAUUGGAUUUACAUUCCAGAAAUGUAGAGAGUUCCAUGGAUGGAAAAGGAUGACUGCACAGAAGUAGUGAGCAGAGGGAUGAGAUGUGACUGGUGGCGAUGUGCUACCAGUCUUGUGUAGGACAGAAUUUGUCUCGUGUUUUAUAUUGUAUUAAUGCUGCCACAUACAGUAUGUUUGCACAUUGCUCUUUUUAAAAAAUAAAAAAAGAAUAAAAUAAAUAAGUAUGAAAAGGCCUUGAACAAGGUCUACCAGAAUGGUGCCACCAAACGGUUCAAACUGUGUUGUGUAUACAGUAUACACUUACUCAACCAGAAUGUCUCUUAAAAGAAAUCUGCCAAAAGCUACCUUAAAUGAAACCAAAUCUAUCUUCUCUUUUGUGACACAAUGAAUCUGUAAAUAUGUCCAGGGUGUAAAAGCACUGAAUAGGAUUUUAAACCCGCAUCACAACAGGUCUAAAAGGGUGAUGCCAUACCAGAUUGCCACUUGAUUGAACAGGAUAUAUAUAUUUUUUGCUCUCCUUUUAUUGGGAUAAUGUAACAAUCCUCCCUUUGUUUAAAUUCCAAGACGGUGACGAUUUUUAUGCUGCAUGUAUUUGACUAAGAAAAUAAAACAUUUUUACUAGA